AUGGCAAGACUCACUAGUUUCCUCCUCCUUUCUCUCCUUUUCAUUUUCCCUCUCUGUCUCUGCGACAAGAGCAACGGAGGCAAACUCUUCCCAGGUUUCUAUGCCCAUUCAUGCCCGCAAGCCGGAGAAAUAGUGAGGUCAGUUGUGGCUAAAGCUGUUGCUAAAGAGACCCGUAUGGCUGCUUCCUUGUUAAGACUUCAUUUCCACGACUGUUUCGUUCAGGGUUGUGACGGCUCUUUGCUACUAGACAGCAGCGGGAGGAUAACGAGUGAGAAAAACUCAAACCCUAACAGUAAAUCAGCUCGUGGAUUCGACGUAGUUGACCAGAUCAAAGCUCAACUAGAGAAAGAAUGCCCUGGAACUGUCUCUUGUGCUGAUGUUCUAACCCUAGCCGCUAGAGACUCCUCUGUUCUUACUGGUGGACCAAGCUGGGUGGUUCCAUUGGGAAGAAGAGAUUCAAGAAGUGCGAGCUUGAGUGGUUCGAACAACAACAUCCCUGCACCAAACAACACUUUCCAAACAAUUCUCACAAAGUUUAAGCGUCAAGGACUCGAUGUCACCGACCUUGUCGCUCUCUCCGGGAGUCACACCAUUGGAUUCUCGAGAUGCACGAGUUUCAGACAGAGGCUAUACAACCAGUCCGGAAACGGUCGUCCAGACAUGACAUUGGAACAAUCAUUCGCUGCUAACUUGCGCCAAAGGUGUCCAAGAUCCGGAGGAGACCAGAUUCUCUCGGUGCUGGACACAAUCAGCGCAGCGAAGUUCGACAACAGCUACUUCAAGAACUUGAUAGAGAACAGAGGUUUGUUGAAUUCGGACCAGGUUCUGUUCAGCAGCAACGAGAAAUCUAGAGAGCUGGUGAAGAAGUAUGCAGAGGACCAAGGAGAGUUUUUUGAGCAGUUUGCGGAGUCGAUGAUCAAGAUGGGAAAUAUCUCUCCCAUGACUGGUUCUAAUGGCGAAAUCAGGAAGAAUUGCAGGAAGAUAAACUCUUGA